CAGGUGUCCCGCGAGAUUGAGAUCCACGCCUCGCUGCUGCACCCCAACGUCGUGCGCCUGUUUGCCGCCUUUGAGGACGCCGACGGAAUCUACCUGGUGCAGGAGUAUGCGUCGCGGGGCGACCUGUACGUGGAGCUGAGCCGGCGGGGCGGAUACAUGCCGGAGGCGCACGUGGUGAAGAAUGUGCUCAUCCCCUUCCUCUCCGCCCUCACCUACAUGCACACGCAGGGCGUGCUGCACCGCGACAUCAAGCCCGAGAACAUCAUGCUGAGCGGGGAGGGGGAGGUGAAGGUGGGGGAUUUUGGGCUGGCCAUCAACACCACCAGGCAAGAGAGUGUGUGUGUGUGUGUGGUGGGCACCCUGGACUAUAUGCCGCCAGAGGUCGGGUGCGAGGACGGCGCGGCGUACGGGCUGCCGGCAGACGCGUGGUGUGUGGGGGUGCUGGCCUACGAGCUGCUGGUGGGGUCGCCGCCCUUUGAGGCCGAGAGCAAGGAUGCCACCUACACCCGUAUCCUGAAGUUGGAGCCCUCCAUCCCCUCCCACCUGUCAGACCAGGCCAAGGGCUUCAUCAGGCAGGCCCUCAAGAAGGACCCCUCCCAGCGCCCAACCGUGCACCAGAUGCUGCGCCACCCCUGGCUGCGCACCUAC